AUGCCACGUAAGCUACGUAAGAAUAUACGUAAGAGGAAGAGAGCAUUGAAACAUCCAAUAGUAAAACUGACACCACAACAACAGUUGCAACAACAAAUUAUGAAUGACCCCACUAUGUUGCAACAAAUGUCAAGCAACCCUAUGCUUUUAAGCCGAGUUAUUGGUGCACAGAGUGGAGGUUUAAGAGCGGCACUUUUAGCGAAAAUGGCAGGCUAUGGUGGAGCUGCAGACGGAACAGCCUAUAACCCUCAAAGUCAAAUGAAUUUGAGUUCACUCAAAAAUCAAAUAUCAGAUGUCAAAAAGUCAAACAUAGACAUACAGAAGCAAAUAAGUGAAAACGAAAAGAAACUAGAAUAUGACAGACACACAAAGAAACUAAAUGAGUUAAACGUAGAGAAAAAGAAGAAAGAAGAACAACUGAAAGAACUAAGUACAGAGGAAUAUGCAAAAAAAGUGUCAGAAAAAGCAGCAGAAGUAGCAAAAAUGGAACAAGAUGUCAUAAAUUUGAAAAACCAUACUACUCAAUAUAAAAUACUGAAAGAUGAAGAGAUAAAACAAAAGCCCUGA